AUGCGCAGACAAUCGAGGAUAGUAACCUCUCUGCUCGUGUUAGCAUCUGCAAGCUCUAGUGCAUGGGCGAGUAGGAAAUUCAAUAUCCACGAUGAUUUACUAGCAUACCCUCAGUUUCGGAUUCAGUUCCCUGUUGGCUUCGUCCUCGAUUCUCACGCGCGCGGCUUAUUAGAACAAGCUCCUCAUGGUAGCUCUCCAACCCCUGAAAAGAGCGACAUCUACGAACAAGCACCGUUACGCGACGAAUCUGGUAACACGAUACCUGACGAGUCUAGCGGCGAUGAAAUCAAGCUCUCAUACGAGGAGCUUAUUCUCGAAGGACAGCGAUACCUUUGCGAAGUUCCUAUGGUAGAAGCUGCUGAGAACAGUCAGACAAAGGAAGAAGUGAACGAGGAUGAGGAGCGAAAGGAGCUGGCGCGGGCGACAGACCGAGGUCUAGAGCUCUUGCGUGAGAUGGAGGGCAAAUGCCUCUACUACAUCUCCGGUUGGUGGUCAUACUCUUUCUGCUACAUGAACCAGAUCAAGCAGUUCCACGCGCUUCCGUCAGGAGCAGGCAUUCCAAACUAUCCGCCCAUGGAGGAUCACACAACACACUCGUUCAUCCUAGGUAGGUUUCCUCAGGAAGAAGGUCAGCAGGGUGGAGAAGGUGCAAAAUCCGAGAAGGCGACUACAGAUCUAGCCGAGUUGCAGACAAAAGGGGGCUCACGCUACCUGGUUCAGCGACUUGACAGCGGCGAUCAGUGCGACCUAACGGGAAAGAGUAGGAAGAUUGAAGUCCAGUUCCAUUGUAACCCGCAGUCAACGGACCGUAUUGCCUGGAUCAAGGAGCUCUAUACCUGCUCCUAUUUGAUGCUCAUCUAUACUCCCCGCCUAUGCAACGAUGUUGCUUUCCUCCCACCUCAACAGGAAGAAGUCCAUACUAUAGAGUGCCGUGAGAUUCUUACCCCGGAAGAGGUCUCGGAUUGGCAAGCAAUGCAUGAGUACGAGCUAUCUCAACAGCUGGUAGAGUCUGCUGAAGCACCGGAAUACCCGAUUAUCGGGGGAAUUGAAGUUGGCGCUCAGCGGUUAGUCGGGACAGAGGGCAGGCAGAUCGAAAAGGGCCGCGUGGCUUCGAUAGGCGAAGAGAAGGUGAACGUGGUUGCCAAACGCGUGAAUGGGGAAGUGCAGCUCUUGUCCACCGAGGAACUGAAGAAGUUUGAUCUCGAUGAAGCGAAAAUCGAGGAGCUCAGAAAGAAGCUAGAAGAAUGGGCCAAGGGUAAAGAUUGGACUCUGGAAAUCGUUACCGGCAACGGUGCAUACCUCCGCGGAGUAGUUGAUGAUGAGGAGGAAGCGACAGAAGGCGAAGGAGAAGAAGCGGACAAACAAGAGCCGAAUGAAGAUACAAAGGCCAUUGAUGGGCAGCCUGGCCAUCAAAAGGACAUGCCGGGGCCAGGCCGAAAGAAUGAGCACCUGGAGGGUGGUGAAGAGCCGACAAUCGACGCUGGGGAUGUGGAUGGAAGUGAGGAAGUCUUCAAAGACGAACUGUAA